AUGCACCGACACAGCCCGGGCAGAGCAGCGCGGGGGAUCGCGCCUGGCUGCGCUGCGCUGCAAGCGGAAGGGGCCGCGCUUCUGGUGCCCAGGCUGCAGGGGAUGCCCCGGCGGGGGGAGGCGCUGAAGGAGGGGAUGCUGGAGAAGCGCAGCGGGGGGCUGCUGCAGCGCUGGAAGAAGAAGCGCUGCCUGCUGACCGAGGAGGGGCUGCGGCUCUUCGAGCCCGGCGGCUCCCGCUGCAAGGAGCUGGGCUUCGCCCACAUGCGGGCGGUGGAGUGCGUGGAGUGGAAGCGGCGGCACGUCUACUUCACCGUGGUGACCCACAGCGGCGGCGAGAUCGACUUCCGCGGCCCGCGGGAGGAGCCCGGCUGGAGCGCGGAGAUCGGCCUGGGGCUGGUGCGCUACCAGAACCGGCUGGCCAUGCAGAGCGUGCGGGCCCGGCACGGCGGCGGGGCAGCGUUCCAGUACGACCCGGCCCCGAGCAGCCAGGCCACAGACCCGGAGGGGCUCAAGGGAAGGACGGAGAUGGCGAAGGGGCACUCGCCCACUGACGGGGAGAACGGAGUCCCUGGCUGUGAGUGAAAGCGGGGCCCUGGCUUCAAGAGGGACAGCAGGCGUUUUAGCGCCAAAGGACCAAUGAGCCUGGACCACGUGUGCUGCUAGCUGCUGAGAACCGCCCCCUUCCCUGCAGGGCCAUUCCUGCUUCCCAACAGACAUAGGCUGCUGCACUGUUCUCCAAGCUCUCCGGAUAGCUUGGCCCAGGGAUCCAGGGCCCACUGGCCCAGUCGAGGGCCUGCAGGAGAGGCAGGAAGGGGAGCACCUGGGGGAUAAAAGCCCAGGAUGAAAGCAAGAACCAAAGCAGGAUUGUUUCGCGCUUCAUCAGCCUGCUGUUGGCUGGACGCCAGAAGGGACUCGACCAUGCUAGUGAGCUGGGGAGCCCAUCCCAUCCGCCGGACCUGCCAUGGCUCUGCUGCCAAGGCUCAGCCAGGCAUCUGUGUGAUCCACAGGCGCAUCCCUUGGCGACAAGCUGCCCCGUAGCUGAGCUGGUUGGGGCUGCGCUGAACUGGAAGUCAGCUGCCCUAUGUCUCUUCUCCUGCGGGACUGGAGUAGCUGGAGAUCCAAGCUGAAGAUGCUCAAUUUCAGCAUCCAGAGAUUGAGCCUGGUGGGAUGUCAGGUGUAGGUGGGGGCGGGUUCCUGAGCAGAGUGAUUGUGUGGUGCCACUCCCCAGUUUGGCUGGGGCCUGUGUGAUGACAGGCUUCAGCGAGAAGGUGCCAGCCUGUCUCAGCUGGUGACCUGUCUGGACAGAGGGGUUGUGAGCACAGCCCCGAAUGAAUUCCUCCCCUUGUAACAGACGGUGCAAGCGCUCACACGCCCUGCCCCACUGGGUCAUGCCGGCUCUCCUGCCAGGAUGGAGAGUCGCUGCUGUUGAUGUGUCGGGACAAUUGACAAUGCGGGCACCUGGGCCGCUGACAGCAAAGGGUGGUUUGUGUCUGGAACGGUGCCCAUUCCGCACGCUGCUGCUGCUUGGUUUGCGUCUUCACCUUGUGGGGGUUGGUCUGGGGUGAACGGAGGCAGGGUGAAGGUCCCCAGAGAGACAGGUCUGACACAGGCAGUGUGCUGGGGAAGUUCUCCCAUGCACAGAUCUGCCGAUGCUCCUCAGUCCUGAUUCGCAGCCCCCUGCUAUUCCAGCCGGAGGCUCCCCCACAUACAGCUCUGCCAAUGCCCCUCAAUCCUGACCUGCAGCCUUCUGUUUUUCUGGCCCUGGGCUUCCCCCCAUCUGCCACAGACCCUCUAUUGCACCUGCUGUGCCCAUCCUGGGCCUCCAUGUGAAGGCCAAGCUGAGUGGUAAUUUUGUGACAUGGACCAAUAAAUGUUACAGGGAGAGCUCUUCUGCUGUGAUCAUUUGUUGGGUGGGGGGUGGCCACCUUGCCCCAAAGAAGGAAGAGAACUGAUUGAUGGCCCAAAGCAGCCAUGUCCUGAAUGCUCCUUGUAAAGGGUUUUUUAUGUGAUUAAAAAUGACCGCUGGGGAUUGAAACGAAACAUUUGAACGAGAGGUGUAACAAUCUGAAGGGGAGCACUGGACAUGUUCUGUUUCAUGGCUUGCACACAGAGAAGUGAGAUAAAAGCAAAUACUCUUGCUGGAAUGUUGCAACGUCCCACUCCUUUAUUUCUGAGAAUUCAUAGUGAUAAACCAGAGAGCGACAAAGCAGGCUGCUCCCUGAAGGCAGAGAGGCACAACUCAUCCCAUCAUUUUCUAGGCUGCUUCUCUCCAGGCUGCUGACUGACGCAGAUCACACAGCUUCCCUUUGAGGCCCCUAGCCUGCAAGCAGGACCAGGAAAUCCCUCAAGCUUAAAGUGAUGGCUUGUCCUUUGUAACCAGUUUCCAGUACACCACAGCAAGGAGACCCAUGGCAUGUCCCUUGUGCUACAGCAGAGACAAGCCUGGGCUGUGAUGAAUGCAAAGGGGGCUGCAGGUCACAGACAGACCCAGUGGGUCUCUCUAUCUUCCCCAGUCUGCGCUGCCCUGUCAUUGCACAGUGGCCUGGGCUGCUGGACUGCCAGGGAGAAGAAGGGAUUCUCAGAUGAAGCCUGGGAGCCUGAGAUUAGAAUCAAUGGAGGGUCUCAAAGACCUGAGAGGUGGCAAACAGCUUAGAAAUCACAGCAGCAGCACCGACAGGAAGGACUAGUGUGGGGCAGGGAGCCAGCGGGGCUGUGCCCACUCUCAGCCCACUGCCCCCUGGGGUUAGGAUUCCCCCCGCGCCAGGCUGUGGCUUCACCGUCAGGAUUAGGUGGCAUUACAGGGGUGCCCAGGCCCCAUGCUGGCCCUGUAAGCAGGGGGAGGCCACCCCCUGUGCAAAGUGCUUGUGCAGUUCCCUUUGCAGGGCUGAUAAACCACCACUUCCAUGGAGCAUCCUCCACCCCAUCCACCCUGGGACCUUUCAUUGAGGGCCUGGCAGUGAGAGGCCAGUUCCCUAGUGCCAGAUGGUUCUUGCCUUGUAUGGCAUGGCACUCCCUCAACCUUCCUUAUCCUCCUAAGUAACAAUGAGGUCUUGGGCCUUGUUGGUGGGAGAGUGGCCGUGGUGGCUCGGGGUGUGGUUUGGUGGCUCCCCAGAUUGUUCACCAAGCGCCCACAGCCCAGGUGAAGCUCUGGGAAAACACUGCCCCUCAAACCUUGCUCUGCUCCAGCUGGUUUGAGUUUGACACAAGUAUUUUGCAAAGCUCUCACAGUCAGGAUGAGAACACCUGCCCCCCAUGCUGCUCUGGCCUCACGCAGGAGGGUGUGUUGAACGGGGAAGGGUUAUCAUCACCCCUCGAUGUCCCUGGACCUGGCUGGCUACAGACCCAUCCCUGAGGGGAGACAGUCUGGAGCUCUGCGAGGCAGCCCUCCAGAAUGCAGUGGGGAGACAGCCUAA